CCAGAAUACGAUUUUCUCAUUUGCUUUCUUUUAUGCUGAGUUUAUUUUCACGAAAUCCCACUCAUGGAUUUAGCUAGAUUAUCAACAAAAAACUGGAUUCUGCUGGUUCAUCUGGUUAUCCCAAUACUGACCUGUCAACCGCCAGAUGUCCCUUUACACGGAUCCUACACGCCGGAACGUAAAAAAUACGAGCUUGGUGACGAAAUUCGAUAUUCUUGCCAAACUGGUACUUUACUAGUCGGUAAAUCUUCUAGAAAAUGCUGGAAUGGUGGGAAAUGGUCUGGUUCUACUCCAUUUUGUGAUGUUCCAGUUGAACUGAAGAAUCCGACUUCAAUAACGACUUCACGACGCUCGAAAGCCAAAUAUGCCGUAGAUAAUAUCCUGAACACAUGCUACGAGUCAAUAAAUUCUACGGGGCAAUCACUAGAAGUACAUCUGCAAGAUCCAGCGAUACUCAGAGUCGUGAAACUUUAUUUCAAGACAAAUAGCGGAUCCCCAACCAUAGAUCAAAUAAGCAUUGGCGUGGUCACUGGAAGAGGAACAUUAUGUGCAACUGCAAAUUAUAAUAUUGAAAGUGAUCAGUGGAUAACGCUGCAUUGCUUGGAUAAUGUAAAUUUGACCGACAGGAUCAGAAUUGAAAAUAAAGCAGGUAAACGCAGCGUUCUUCAGAUAUGUGAAAUUCAAGUUUUCGUUAAAGAUG